AUGUCUUUUGAUCUGCGAGCAAAUCGUUGGCGUGCUGGGGAACCAUUACGCGAGGUUCGAUCUGGAGCUGCAGUAUGUUCUCUUAAUGGUUCAAUCGUUGCUGCGGGUGGUCACGAGGGAGCAACUGUGAGAGAUACCGUUGAGAUCUAUAAUCCUGGGGUAGAUGAUGAUUGGGCAUUGAUUCCAAACAUGAGCGCUCCAAGACGAAACGCGGGUGUACUUUUUGUGAAUAGCUCUUUAAUGGUUUUCGGUGGCGAUGAGGGAGAUUCUCAUUUAUUGGAUUCGAUUGAAACAUUGACAAUGGAUAUGGGUAGAGGACAACGGGCAGAGUUUGCCGGAAGAUGGCAAGUAAUAGAGUCAACACUUCCGCAACCUCGAUCAUAUAGUGGAUUAGUUAAACAUGAAGUUGAAGAAACUCGCGGAGAGCGCCGUCAAUGCAUUCCGGCAAUCGAACCCCUGCCGGAAGCAAUAGAGGUACUCGAGCACGAACAUAUGGCCAUGGUUGAACAUAUGAACGAAGAUACUUUAUUUGUGAUGGCAAGUGGACUUGGCGUCGAAAGAUUGUUUUUGAACUUUCUAAUGUUGUACUCGAGUCGAAAACUUCUCGCUUUCGUCAUCAACACUACACAAGAAGACGAAGCUUUCCUCCUUUCUAAAUUGCAUUCGCUUCCAGCCAACGAGUUUGCCCCUCCAAAAGUGAUAAAAGCAGAAGUGCUUGCCUCGGAUCGAGAGGCGUUGUAUUUGCAAGGUGGCGUACAAUUCAUCACUUCUCGCAUUUUGAUGGUGGAUUUUCUCACAAAUCGUGUUCCAGCAAAGAUGGUGGCAGCUAUACUCGUUUACCGAGCACAUCAGCUUUUGAAUAGUUUUCAAGAAACGUUUAUACUUCGAUUAUACCGUGAAAAGAACCCGGAAGGUCAUGUGAAAGGCUUUACAGAUAUGCCGAUGUAUUUUGCUGGAAUAGGACAGUUACAAAGACUCGUUGAUCGCCUGUUUGUUCGAAAAGUGCAUCUUCUCCCACGACACGAUACGUCGGUUGUCAAAACCUUUGCGCGUGCUCCGCCGUCGUCUAUCGAAAUAACGGUUGAUUUGUCGGGAGGCACACGACGUUGUAUUUCGCUGAUAACUGAUUUGUUAAAAGUUUGCCUUCGGGAAUUGAAACAAUCUUCUGUUAGAAACAAAAAACAAGAAGAAGAGGAGAGUGAUUCAUUCAACGCUGGUGUUUAUUUCACGACAGAACUCGAGAAGAGAUUGCAGUACAAGGGAUCUUUUUUACCGGAUCGUCAACGGCGGCUUUUGUCGGAUUUAAAAUUUUUGCGAAACCUUUUGCGGACGGCAGAGAAUCUUGAUGCAUGUACAGUGCUGUAUAAGCUAAACGAGCUUGGAAACGAUAAAGAAGCCCUGGAAGAGUCCACUGGAUGGUCGUUUACUCCAACUGGAGCGCGACUUAAGGCCAUUGCCCAGGAGCUUGCCUCAUUUGCAUCCAAUCGUCCCGAAUUUGUUGCCCCGCCUAAAUGGACAUCAUUAGAAUCCGUUUUGGAUGAGAUCAAAGAGCUUCAUAUUCCAAAAGAAAAAAUUCCAAAUAAUGAACCACGUGUUUUGGUUUUCACUUCGAAUGAACAAGCCCAGUUACAAGUGGUAGGACUAAUUAGACAAGGAAUCGAUCGAACAAAGUCGGUUUUAAAAAGACUCGUGCGUCCAACAACUACAGAGGCUCCUAUUAAACCAAUCUGGAAUCCUGAUCAAGUAUCUUCGUUUUUUGCCGAUGAAGCGAAUCCCGGAAGCUCUACUCGCAAAGAAGUGAUUGAAAACAUUCAAAAGCAGCAGAAGGAAGCGGCUCGGGUUGCAAAGAAGCGAAAGAAGGUUGCCGAAAGUCUCAUAGCUGUCAAGCAGAAGAAUCUUGAACAUUUUGGUGUGAUACGAUACAAGAAGCUGACGGAAACGAGAGAAAAGGUCGGAGAGCCCGGUCCAUCGAACACUUUUGCCGAACAGGGAAAUGAAGUGAAAGAAGAAGAGGACUUAUCAUUAACUGAGAACAUGCUCAAAUUGGGAGAGUAUGAAAAAUUCCCGAUUUACGUUGUGAAUUCAUCUGGGAGUGAUCGAUACAACACUAUACGGGCUUUACAAAAUGUGAAACCAGUUGUGAUCAUUAUGUACAAUACGGAUCUUGCUGUUUUAAGACAAGUUGAGCUAUAUCAUGCACUCAAUAGUGAAUACUGUCUUUAUUUUUACUUGUUACAGUAUGCGGAAUCGACAGAGGAAGAGAGAUAUCUAAGCCUCUUGAGUCGAGAAAAUGAAGCUUUUUCAAAUUUGAGAAAUGAAGUCGAGAAUUUGCUAGUCAGUAGAGAGUACGAUACAAUCAGAGAAGAAGCCCCAAGACUAUCGGUUUCGACUUUGAAUGCCGGUGGAUUUGAGGAAGGAACAUUGCCUCCACCCAAAAUUAUCGUUGAUAUGCGAGAAUUUAACAGUGAAUUGCCAACGAUUUUAUACAAAAAGGGCUAUGAUGUGGUGGCUGCAACACUCGAGGUUGGUGAUUACAUUUUGUCACCGGGAAUGACCAUUGAAAGAAAAGCUCUCGAUGAUUUGACCCAAUCUUUGCAAAGCGGUCGUGUGUUUAAACAAACUGAACAGAUGCUCAGACAUUAUGGAUCGGCCUUUUUGUUAAUUGAGUCAAACACGCGUUUUGAGCUAAAAAUCGUCAAUGGAGGGCCAUUUCAGGUUAAUGCCUCCGAUCCGGAUGUCGAAAAAGCAAUAGCGCUUCGUGGUGACGAUGUGAAUGAAGAUGUUCAACAAGACUUUGGCUCAAAAACUGAUGACCUCGGAUGUUGGGAAGAACCUCUCCGAAUUGAUAAGAUG